GCUCGGGUGAGUCUGGAGGGUCACUCCGCCGCCCGCAGCUCCGCGGCUCGCGCUCAGGUUCACACCGAGCCCGCAGAUACCCGGAUUAACACACCUGUAACAUCCGAAACGAGCCAGGAGCGCGAGGACGAGACUCUUACCUGCCUUACCUGCCUCACCAAGAUCACCUGUUUCAUCAGGAUCACCUGUUUCACCAAGAUCACCAGGAUCACCUGGCCCAGCCAUGAAGUCCCAUGGAGUCCCUGCCCUCUUGGUCUCGCUGCUGUGGUAUUUCGCGCCGAGUCCGCUGUGGGCUGCUAAGAUCGUUGUGGUUCCUCCAAUUAUGUUCGAAAGCCAUCUAUACAUCUUCAAGACCCUUGCGUCAGCCCUGCAUGCUGAGGGACACGACACCGUCUUCCUGGUAUCGGAAGGUCGAGAGGUGCCUCCAUCCAACCACUACAGGCUACAGAGGUACCCGGGCAUCUUUAACAGCUCUUCAGCAGACGACUUCCUGCAGUCCAAGGUUCGCAACAUCUUCUCAGGACAGUUGACGCCGCUGGAACUUUUUGACAUCCUGGACCACUACUCGCAGAACUGCGACAGCGUGGUGGGAAGCUUGGAAGUCAUGGAGCAGCUGAAGCGGGAACGCUUUGACCUUCUGCUGGUAGACCCUAACGAGAUGUGCGGCUUUGUCAUCGCCCACAUCCUCGGCGUGCAGUACGCCGUCUUCAGCACCGGCCUGUGGUACCCGGCCGAGGUGGGUGCGCCGGCGCCGCUCUCUUAUGUGCCCGAGUUCAACUCGCUGCUCACGGACCGCAUGUCGCUGCCGCAGCGUCUGGUCAACACAGCCGUCUACCUGGUCUCACGCUUCGGAGUGCAGUUCCUCGUGCUGCCCAAAUAUGACCGCAUCAUGAGGAAGCACGACGUGCAGCCACCCGUGUCCAUGCACGACCUGGUGCAGGGCAGUCGCCUCUGGAUGCUUUGCACGGACAUGGCCCUGGAGUUCCCGAGGCCCACCCUGCCGCACGUCGUCUACGUAGGGGGGAUCCUCACCAAGCCCCCCAACCCUCUGCCACAGGAUUUUGAGGCCUGGGUGAAGGACACGGACGAGCAUGGGUUUGUGGUGGUUUCGUUCGGCGCUGGAGUGAAGUACCUCUCGGAUGACAUCGCCCACAAGCUGGCAGGAGCCCUCAGUCGUCUACCUCAGAGAGUCAUCUGGAGGUUUUCCGGAGUUCCACCCCGUAACCUCGGAAACAACACUAAACUAGUGGACUGGAUGCCCCAGAAUGACUUAUUAGGACACAAAAACACACGCGCCUUCCUGAGCCACGGGGGUCUGAACAGUAUCUAUGAAGCCAUGUACCACGGCGUGCCGGUGGUGGGCGUGCCCCUGUUCGGGGACCAUUACGACACCAUGACCCGCGUCCAGGCCAAAGGCAUGGGCAUCAUGCUGGAGUGGAAACGAAUGAGCGAAGAGGACCUUUACACUGCCAUGGUCAAUGUCAUCACUGACAGCAGGUACCGAGAGAGAGCGCAGAAGCUGUCGGAAAUCCACAAGGAUCAGCCCGGGCACCCCGUCACUCGCGCCGUCUACUGGAUAAGCUACAUCCUGCGCCACCAGGGGGCGGAGCACCUGCGCUCGGCCGUCUACAGCGUCCCCACCUACCAGUACUUCUUAUUGGACGUGGCUGCUGUGAUGGCGGUGGGCCUGCUGCUGGUUGGCUACGUCCUGUACCGGAUAGGCAGGUUCCUCAGGGCCUGGGUGGGGAGGGGCGGGGCCUCGGCGGAGAAGGCUAACGGACACUGUCACAACGGGAUCCCCAACGGCAAGCACAAACGGAACGGCCACGUAAAGAGUACGGAGAAGAAGCUCAAAUAAGAGCCGGGAGAUCCGCCGAUGCUAAUGCUACGCUAAAGAGUGGGGAGACUAACUACAUGCCAUGCACAGCGGGGCCUACACAGGGAAUACAAACACACAGGUCAGCAGGCAGACAGACAGACAGACAGACAGACAGACAGACAGAUACACCAACCAAACCAACGAACCAACCAACCAACAACACGAAGACGCAAGCUGAAAGCCAAAAUCAGGCGGGAGAAAAAAAAAAAGAAAAAAAAAUAGCGAAGAGGUUUCGGAUCGGAUCCGUUCGAGAUAAAGCGAAGAUGUUUUUGUCUCUUUUCUCCGACCAAUCACGAACGGAGUUGUGGGAGUUGACGCACCUCCAUCCUCUCAAGGAGCUUUAAUUGGAUUAAACAUAUAAUAAUAAAAAAAAAAUAAUAACAAUAACGUUCUCAAAGCUGGAAGCUGUUGCGAUGCCGCUGAGCAUCAGGUGUCUGUACAAAAACAGUAAAACAAAUGAAUCUUUGGUUUGAAUCUAUUUAUUAUCGUUUAUAACUGAAACUAAUGCAAUAAUUGUGAUCUCGAGCUCACCCCACCCCCCACAUCUUCCUUCACCCCCCCCUUCCUCCCAAACAUUCCCAUUAUUAACCCUGGCCCAGUGUUUUAUUUUUUUCUUUUUUAGCUUGUUAGAUAAACUAGUUUUUUGGAAUUGUGGAAAUACAGUAGCGAUAUAAAAAAAAAAAGCUAGCCAGCCUGGCCAUGUUUUACUGUGUAACUGUGUAAUGUUAAUACUGAAGCACAUGCGCAAAACAGCGUCACUUCACGUGAAGUUUCGGUUUCAUUCUUGCCCAUUUUUUAAAUUGUAGCUACUGAUAUACAGUAGUGAUUAUGAAAGAACAGCCUGGCUAUGUUUUACUGUUUAACUGUGUAACUGAAGCACAGGCGCAAAACAGCAUUGCUUCACGUGAAGUUUCGGUUUCAUCCUUUUCAGUUAUUGUUUAAUCGUAGCUACUGAUAUGCAGAAGCUAUAGUGAAAGAAAUGACCUGGCCAUGUUUUACUGUGCAAUGGAAGCACAAGCCCAAAGCAGCAUCGCUUCACGUGAAGUUUCGGUUUCAUCCUUUUCAGUUAUUGUUUAAUCGUAGCUACUGAUAUACAGUAGCUAUACUAAAAAGAACGACCUGGCUAUGUUUAACUGUGUAACUGAAGCACAGGCGUAAAACAGCAUCGCUUCACGUGAAGUUUCGGUUUCAUUCCUUGUUUAGUUUUCUUAAUUGUAGCUUCCGAUAUACAGUAGCUAUACUGAAAGAACUGCCUGGCCAUGUUUUAACUGUGUAAUUAAAGCACAGGCACAAAACAGCAUCGCUUCAAGUGAAGUUUCGGUUUCAUACUUUUCAGUUAUUGUUUAAUCGUAGCUACUGAUAUACAGUAGCUAUACUGAAAGAACUGCCUGGCUAUGUUUAAUUAUGUAACUGAAGCACAGACGCAAAACAGCAUUGCUUCAAGUGAAGUUUCGGUGUCAUCCUUUUCAGUUAUUGUUUAAUCGUAGCUGCUGAUAUACAGUAGCUAUAGUGAAAGAAAUGACCUGGCUAUGUGUAACGUUAAUACUGAAGCACAUGCGCAAAACAGCAUCGCUUCACGUAAUUUGUAAUUUGUAAUUUGUAAUUAAUUUAUGUAUUACACCAUUUAACAUUUCAUUUUAUUUGUUUUAUUUAUAUAUGAAAGUAAAUCAAAUUCAAAUAAACAUAAUGCAGAUUCAAAUACUCAUAUCAGCUUUUAAGCUCCAUACUUUUUCAGUAACAAUUUCUAUGUCUGUGAAUGUCAUGUCUAUAAGACUCUAUAAACACCUUCGUCUUUAUAACACAUUAUAAUGCAUUCAUAAUGCAAAUUAUACACAUGUAUAAAAAUGCAUAUUAAAAAAACACACACAUUAUAGCCAUGUUUGUAUGCAGUACUGUAUAGUAGUAUAGUAAUCUUAAUGCAUCAUAAGCAGGGUUUAUAACGUGUUAUACACGUCAAAAUGUAGCCAAUUAAUAUUGCUACCGUCCAAUGAAAAACAAGUAUCUUAAUUUUGACCAUUUUUAGUUUAUUACAUAAUUUGAACAAUCAAACUGUAUCUUACACUGUGUCGAAAUUUCCUUAUGAACGGACCAAUAGAAAUUCUCCAAAAUGGCCUAAAUUUAAAUAUUUUUACAUUGACUUCUAUUGAAAGUUAAGGAGGUUUUAGCUCUCCACUGUAAAGUUGCUGUUUUGGCUUUUUUUUUUGGACACAUAUUAAUAUAUUCAUGCUAUAAUUACCUUUAAACACUCAAUUAUUUGAAUUAUGCUUACAGUAUCUGGAUUAUUAUUAGUGGUAAUAUUAUAUAUGGUAAUUUAUAAUGUAUUAUAAUUUAUUAAUUGUUAUUAAUAAUGAAUCUAUGAUAUUUUGGUAACACUUCCUAUGAAUCCUGUAUUAAUAAUGCACUAUUUGGCAAAUAUAAACAUAAUGCCUUAUAAUGACUGUCAUAUACUUACUCGAGUACUAAUCGUGACAUACUUCACAAUAUAUAAAGUUUAAUAUAAAAGUAUUUUCUUCAUAAAGAUAGGCUAAAAAAUGCAUUUUAAUUUUAAUUUAGUUAGUGUGUACCAUAUUCUUAUGAACAGAUAUUAUAAACCACUAGAGAGAAAAUUAUUUUUAAAAAGUCAGAAGUGCUUAAAAGUUUCUGCAUAAAUACAGCUCUAGAAAAAAAUGAAGAGACCACCUCAGUUUCUGAAUCAGUUUCUCUGAUUUUGCUAUUUAUAGGUUUAUGUUUGAGUAAAAUGAACAUUUUGUUGUUUUAUUCUAUAAACUACAGACAACAUUUCUUCCAAAUUCCAAAUAAAAGUAUUUAAGUCAUUUAGAGCAUUUAUUUACAGAGUUCAGAAAUCAAUAUUUGGUGGAAUAACCCUGGUUGGUUUUUAAUCACAGUUUCCGUGCAUCUUGGCAUCAUGUUCUCCUCCACCAGUCUUACACACUGCUUUUGGAUAACUUUAUGCUUUAUACUCCUGCUGCAAAAAAAAUUAAGCAGUUCAGUUUGGUUUGAUGAUCAGCUUGUGAUCAUCCAUUUUCCUCUUGAUUAUAUUCCAGAGGUUUUAAAUUUUUAAGUGCUCUCUAUUUUUUUUCCAGAGCUGUAUGACCUAAAAGUAGAUAAAGAGAACCCAGUUAAACAAAAAAUAAAAAAAAGAGCUGGUCAAUUAUUUAAUGAGGAAAAUCGUUUGGUAGAACACUCUUUAGUAGAACGACUUGUGUGCUUAGGGUCAUUGUCCUGCUGCAUGACCCACCUCAAACAAGGUGCUUACUCACGCCUGAGCUCAUCCCAUUGAUUAAUAAAAACACCUGACUCUGAUUUUACCUUCAAACUAAAUGCUAAAAUUUUAAAGCUUCACGUAUUUUUCCACUCCAAAAUACGUAAUAUUGGAUCUGUUUCCUAAGAAUAGAAUAAGAAAAAAAUGACCAAUUAUAGUAUUUUGUCUUAUUUGUUUAAUUUCGGUUCUCUUUAUCUACUUUUUGGACUGAAAAUCUGAUGAUGUUUUAGGUGAUGAUAUAAUUUUUUUGCAGAAAUUGUACAAGAUUCAUAGGAAAGUUUUACCAAUAUUUGAAUCUAAACAUACAUUUUCACGUUUUAAUGACCUCUUACAAUGCAUCAUGGUUACAAAUCAUAAAGCAUAGCAAACAUGGCUGCAAUGUGUCUUUUUUUAACAAUGUGUUUAUAGACGUGACGUUCAUUUAUUUAGAAUCUUUAUAGAAAAUUUAUAUUAUCGAUCCUUUUUUGAAAAGGACGACAAAAAACGAGUAGGUCAUCUAAAUACGCAUAAAUGGAAUGAACAAAAAAAAUGGUCGUGAACAAAAACGGCUGCACGUUUUCAAGUUUUUUUUGUGCAAGGUUUUCGCUUCGGUGCAUCCCCACAAAAUCCACAACCCCUUUUUUUAAUAAUUUAACAAUUUAUUUGAACAAUGUUUUAUUGUACAGAUGCUGCUUUGACGAUACAGACAGAGAUUCAUGGCUUUUCUAAUCGUAAUCUUAAGCUUAGGCUUCUUUUUAUUUUUUUUAUUUUUUGGAAGUUCCUUACCUCACACUCCCUGUUCUGACGAGGCAUAAUAAUAAUUAUUAAAUCUGCUAAAAAAAAAAAAAAAAAACGAAAUAUCAAAAUAAACAAAAAAACAUAUCGUGUAAAUGUGUAAGAAAUGUCCUGAGUGAGUGAUGAACGGUUGCGUAGAAUGAAUCAGGUAAUAAGUGCUGAUAUAUAUAUAUAUAUAUAUAUAUGUAUAUAUAUAUAUAUAUAUAUAUACAUAUAUAUAUUCGUGUAAUUUUCCCCACAGAUCGGUGGGUUCUGUGCAUGAGGAGGCCUUAUACUGUAAACCUGAAGGCACUGGAUUUGAGUACUGUAGUUAACGCUUAACCCCACAGGGGGCGCCGCUCGUCUUUCUGAACCGGACACUUCAGAUCCUCUAAAUUCCUCUCAAAAAUAAAGGUGAUUAAAUAAAAAUAGGUUAUUUAGCCUCAGCAUGCGUCAAUUUGAUGCUCAACGACGAAAACGGUAGCUAGGGCACGUAAAAAAAAAAGUGGCCCAAAUCUGAUUUUUUCAACAAACCAGAUUUCUUUCUUUCUUUCAGGCAGUAUACAAUAUAUCUGUUUAAUGUGAUCUACAGGGGUUGGACAAUGAAACUGAAACACCUUGUUUUAGACCAUAAUAAUUUAUUGUGGUGACGGACAGUUCUGGUGGAAACAGGAGAGUCGAGGUGCACAUUGAAUUCUGCUGGGAUUUGAUCAGCCGUGGUUUUACGGUUUUUGGAUACAAUCCGGGUUGGCACCCCAACAUCCCUUUCAGACAGCAUCCUCUUGAAUCCACAGUUAAUCCUGUUGGAUGUAGUUCGUCCAUCUUGGUGGUAUGCUGACAUUACCCUGGAUACUGUGGCUCUUGAUACAUCACAAAGACUUGCUGUCUUGGUCACAGGUGCGCCAGCAAGACGUGCACCAACAAUUUGUCCUCUUUUGUACUCUGGUACGUCACACGUUAUGUUGUGUGCAUUGCAAUGUUUUGAGCAGUAAAACUGUGCUCUUACCCUGCUAAUUAAACCUUCACACUCUUAUUGCUCUUACUGGUGCAAUAAUGUGCAAUUAAUGAAGAUUGGCCACCAGGCUGCUCCAAUUUAGCCAUGAAACCUCCCACACUAAAAUGACAGAUGUUUCAGUUUCAUUGUCCAACCCCUGUAUAUCUGACACUUGUCUGAACACUUAGCACUGCUGUGUAACUAAGGCCACCUGCACGAAACAGCGUCGCUUCACGUGAAGUUUCGGUUUCAUCCUUGUUAGAAUCUCUUCUUGUAGAGCUCUGUUACCUUGUCGUUCAGUGACGUGAAGCCCUCACUCACUGCUGUUGUCCAUUUUCCUGUCUUUCCUCACAGCCACACACACCAAGCUACGUCGAGCUACGUCCAAAUGCGAUCUUUUUACGUCACAUAUGUGACACAGAUGGAAAGAUCGGACAUCAUGCAAUAUUUUUUUUAUGUCAUGGAGAAAGAAAAAAGGCUGCGAGGAGACGGGAAAAUGCACGACAGUUGUGAACAAGGUUUUGAUUGAUGGGAUAAUGAGGAAAUAGAACUCAGAUCUCUUAAGAUUCUGACAAAGAUGAAACCGAAACUUCACGUGAAGCGCAGUUACACAGCCUAGACUGGUCAUAUGAAUUUAAGAUAAUGGGUCACAUUGAAAUAAAAGUUAGAUUCGAAAAAAUGUUAGAUUUUCGCCACUAUUACCUGCCGUUUGAACGUAUCCAUAGCGACAAAACCCGUACUUGGUUUUGUCGUUCAGGUUUUUGCUAUGCAGGCAAACUUCGUUGUGCAAGAACUACUAUUUUUGAGGCUGCUGAGGUUGAAGUGCUGCUAAAACUGUAAAAACAGUUGUGGAAGCAUCUCAAAUCUCCUGCAAUUCCUUAUUCGCUAAAGCCAGGAUGGCAACCGGCCAAUCAGGACAACACUAGGGAUGGGGGAUAAGGCAAAAAAUGUAAUACCAUGAUGGGUAUUUUUUUAAAAAACGUUCUGCAUUGUUGUUGAAUACUAAAGUCAUCCAAACUAGUCCUAUUUGAGUAAUGUUCUAAUUCAUAUUAUGGAAAGAGCAACUCUGCUAAGAAAAAAAAAUACUUUAACCUCCUAAGACUCCUUCCGCUAAUUCUUGCUUGGCAUGCUUUUUUUUUUUUUUUUUUUCUCUUCGCUAUUUGUUGGGCUAAUUAGCACCUGAUUGGCGUAAAAACAAAGAAUUAUCUUUUUACAUGAUGUAGAUUCUAAGAUAAAAAUGAUGUCCACAUAUGUGGACGUUAGUAUUAUGUUUCGACAGAACACAGAAUACUGUAGUAAGCUCUACGUUAAACUCUUAAUGGCAUAAUGGCCUCAUAAGAAGACACCAGGCCCUUGUAGAGCAAAAUUUAGUGUUCUGGUCUAGACCACUCAAAAUGCGAUGUCCACACAUGCGGACGCCAGGUCCUAGGAGGUUAAGACGAAAACAAAGGUCAGUCGAUUAAAACAAUUUCAAAGCAAUUUAAAAAAACGAUGAAACUGGCUCUUAUCAGCACCUCCCCUGGAAAAGAAAGACCAAGAGUUCCCUCUGUUGCACAGGAUAACUUCGUCAGAGUUACUAGAAUCAGAAACCAGGUUAGCAAUUAACAGCACAGUCUGGAUGACUUCAGUAUUUUUUAUUUACUGUACUGUAGGAAAAAUAAAAUGUAAAAAUAAAAUUUUAACAUAAAGAUAAGGAUACAAUUUUGCUAUGUCUCCCACCCUUUUAAAAUUUAAGUUAAAAUUUAGCAAAAAAUCGGAAUAUCCAUUGCCAGUUACGAUGUUUUUCCUCUGUUUUUCUGCUUUUGGAAAAAUCGAGCGCGCCUUACGUCCAGCGUGCACUCGUUACUUGCACUAUAUACUCUCAUAAACGAUGAUGAAGAUGAAGAUGAGGAUGAAGAUUUCACUGACUAAACCUUCACAAUCACGUCCAACAGGUCCAAAGUCCACAUAUACAUAGAUAUAUAUAUUGCAGUUAACGCAAGAAGUGCUCACACAGCAGCAGAGUACCGGUUCCAGUGCCGGGUUUUCCGCGAGCUUCCCGGCCGAGCAUUAUCUACGACUACGUCUCUGUCCAUACUUGAAUACUGCACAUGUAAAAAAAAAAUGGCUGCAAAUUUUGGCCGGGAACGGCGUUAGCCGAUGCUAUGACCGGAGAGACGGCCGGACCUGCUACACUCUUCUACGCUCUUUAUUUAACAUAUAUACGUUUUUUUUCUGGACGUCUACAUUUUUUUGUUAAUCAUCACAGUAUUAAUAGAUGGUUAAUAACAGGAGAAAGAACGGCGGUUGCUUGACGUAAAAACACAAGCAUAUGUGAAGUGUGUGUGUAUACGUUUGUGUGUAUACGUUUGUGUGUGUGCGUUUGUGUGUGUGUGUAUGCGAGAAGAACGGUUUCCAGCCCCGUCUCCACACCGAAAAAAUGUUUAAAAUGUUGCAAAAACCCUCAUUUUAACCUCCUUUUUAUCCCUCCACCCUUCCCUCCAUCCUUAUCCUCACUCUGUACUUCCAUCCAGUUAGCUAACGGCUGCUUACAUACGUUUUAUUGUCGUUUCGUUUUUUUUUAUUUCGUAAUGAUUUCAAUAUUUGAAGGUGUCUGUCGUGUGUUAAUGUUGUAAAUACGGUAUGUAAAACCACAUACUAAUUGCGGAAAUAAACAUUAAAUAUUUUGUUUGCUUAA